AUGGACAAGAAAUCCCAACACAAGCUGUCGAGAUUGUCAGUUGUCGGGCUGUUGUACCGCACAACCUGUGUGCUCCAAGUACAGGGAACACUUACCAUCAUAGCCAACAACUCUAAAAAGAAGAAUAUGGCAAGUCAGUACAAGGUGCUCUUCACUCUUGGCCAGGGUUCAUUCGGCACCGUGAAACUGGCCUGGCACCUGAAAACCGAGGCACUGGUUGCUAUAAAAACAGUGGAGCUCAGCAAGAAGACCAUCAGAGGGAUCCGUGCAGAAAUAGCGGCAUUAGAGAAAUUACACCACCCCAACAUCAUCUGCCUCUUCCAAGUCCUAACAACAUCAAGGCAUGUCAACCUCAUUACCGAAUACAUUCCGGGAGGCAACUUGUUUGAAAUCAUACAGGAGGAUGGCCCACUGCCUGAGGAAGAGGCAAGGAAAAUUUUUGGGCAGGUAGUGUCAGCGGUAAAGUACCUCCACAGCAUGGAUCUUGUCCACCAAGACAUCAAACCACAAAAUAUACUGAGGGAUGAGGACGGUAAUGCGAAGCUUAUAGACUUUGGUCUGACCACCAAGUGCAGAUCUGGCACCUUACUCAAACGGCAAUGUGGGACCAAGAGCUGUUUUGCCCCAGAGCUUGUAAUACAGGAGCCCUAUGAUGGCAAGAAGUCAGAUGUCUGGAGUUUGGGUGUGGUACUUUAUUUUAUCAACACUGGGCAUUACCCCUUCACAGGAAGCACCACAAAGGAGAUGGAGGAAAAGAUCGCAACGGGGACUUAUGAAAUCCCACCUCAUGUCUCAGGGCAACUUGAGAACCUGAUCCACCAAAUGCUCACGGUGUCCCCAGAGAUGAGGCCCUCCAUUGAAGAAAUAGAAAAUCAUCCCUGGGUGAAGAAAAGUGAGGUCAAAAUCCCAACUAUGACAGAACCAGAUUACCAUGUCAUAGACAAGCUGGGUGGCAUGGGAUUCAAUGAAAAUGAGAUCCUGGAGUCCCUGCGCAGCAAAAAAUAUAAUGAAUCAAUGGGGGCAUACUUAAUCCUGAAAGCCAAGGUAGACAAGGGCCUUGGGCAAGACUCCACCCUUUCGGCCAAGACUGCGGAUCAGUGCCCUACACCACCUCCUUCACCAGCACAUCCCUCUCUCUCCGGGCUUCCCCUAAAGAGAAGGGCCAGUGAGCCCAACUUUAGCCUCCUCCACAUCCGGCCCUCAGGAGAACAGGGGCCUGAUGCCUUGGUACUAUCAGGACACAAGGUGGCCAGAAGUGUCUCCAUGCCUCCCAUUGCUCUACUCGGUACCGAGGGAAAGAGCAAGAGUUCCAGCUGUGCCCUCUCUUCUGGAGCUGUGGCUGCCCCAUGUGUCUGUAGCAGCAUAUUGGAGGACAUAAUGCCCUUGCCGCCUGAUGAAGAGCGUGACACGGAAACAUCAUCUCCACCUCAGAAGGUCGGCUGCUUCAAGCGAAUGAGCAAGAGAAUCAGAGCCUGCUUGGCACGACUCUGCUGCUUCCCACGGGCUCGAAAGUCCAAAAGGAAGCAUGAGUCCUCCAAGAAAGGGACUGCCCUGAAAGAGGCCGGAGAUAGAAGCCAAUGA